GCUGUUUACUGGAACAUCUUAAUGGAAGUGAAACAGGACACCUGUGAUGUGGACACAAAUAUCAUGGAGAAAACUGUAAAUAUUAAGGAGGACGACUGGGAGUGGGAGUCCAUCUACCCAAAACAGGAAAGUCUGAGCAUCAAGGAGGAGGACAGUGAACUGCAGCCAGUGAGCAUUAAAGAAGAACCUGAAGAGAAGUCUGUCAGUAUUGAGACACCUAACCAUACAAAUCUGGACAGUGUAAAAGAAGACAACCUUCAUGAUGGGUAUCAAGAUGGAGUGGUGACCAGGUUAGACUCUUCUCAAAGCAGACACUGUUCAUCUCCAGAGCCUUCUAUCAAUGUGAAGUCUGAAUCAUUAGAGUCUGAACUAAAGAGUGCUGAGGAAACUACAUCUGUUAGAGCUCAGAAAAAUAAGCGACCACCUUCAAAGAAGUCUGGAAAAAGAAAGAAAGAUCACUGCAGUGUGGAAUGUGGCAGAGAAUUCUCUAACAGGAGUGCUCUUCAGAAACACACGAGAGUUCACACCGGAGAGAAGACAUAUUGCUGUAAUGAAUGUGGUAAACAGUUUUCACAAAAAGGCCAUCUUCAUAGCCACACGAGAGUUCACACUGGAGAGAAGCCAUAUUGUUGUAAUGAAUGUGGCAAACAGUUUUCACAUAAAGAUAAUCUUCAGAAACACAAGAGAGUUCACACCAGAGAGAAGACAUAUUGCUGUAACGAAUGCGAUAAGCAGUUUUCACGGAUGGACAGUCUACAGAUACACAAAAGAGUUCACACCGGAGAGAAGCCAUAUUGCUGUAAUGAAUGUGGCAAACAGUUUUCACAAAAAGGCAAUCUUCAGAUACACACUAGAGUUCACACCGGAGAGAAGACAUAUUGCUGUAAUGAAUGUGGCAAACAGUUUUCACAUAAAGACCAUUUUCAUAUACACAUGAGAGUUCACACCAGAGAAAAGACAUAUUGCUGUAAUGAAUGUGGUAAACAGUUUUCACAGAUGGACAGUCUACAGAAACACACGAGAGUUCACACUGCAGAGAAGCCAUAUUGCUGUAAUGAAUGUGGUAAACAGUUUUCACAGAUGGACAGUCUACAGAAACACACGAGAGUGCACACUGGAGAGAAGCCAUAUUGCUGUAAUGAAUGUGGUAAACAGUUUUCACAGCUGGACAGUCAUCAGAAACACACUAGAGUUCACACUGGAGAGAAACCAUAUUGCUGUAAUGAAUGUGGGAAACAGUUUUCACAAAAAGGUAAUCUUCAGAUACACACUAGAGUUCACACCGGAGAGAAGACAUAUUGCUGUAAUGUAUGUGGCAAACAGUUUUCACAAAAAGGCAAUCUUCAGAAACACACGAGAGUUCACACCGGAGAGAAGCCAUAUUGCUGUAAUGAAUGUGGUAAACAGUUUUCAGAGAUAGGCAGUCUACAAAGACACACAAGAGUUCACACUGGAGAGAAGCCAUAUUGCUGUAAUGAAUGUGGUAAACAGUUUUCAGAGAUAGGCCAUCUACAGAAACACACGAGAGUUCACACCGGAGAGAAGCCAUAUUGCUGUAAUGAAUGUGGUAAACAGUUUUCACAAAAAAGCCAUCUUCAGAGUCACACAAUAGUUCAUACAGGAAUCAAACUUCACUGCUGUUCUGAAUGUGGUAAACAGUUUUCAAAGAGAAGCAGUCUUCAGACCCACCAAAGAAUCCACACAGGAGAGAAGCCAUAUGACUGUUCUGAAUGUGGUAAACAGUUUUCACAUAGAAGCAGUCUUCAGCGCCACCAAAGAAUUCACACAGGAGAGAAGCCGUAUUUCUGCUCUGAAUGUGGUAAAAAGUUUACACAGAGAAGGAAUCUUCAUAUCCACCAAAGAAUCCACACAGGGGAGAAGCCAUAUUGCUGCUCUGAAUGUGGAGAAAAGUUUUCACGGAACAGCCAUUUUAAGAGCCACCAAAGAAUCCACACAGGAGAGAAGCCAUAUGACUGCUCUGAAUGUGGCAAACAGUUUUCAGAAAGAAGCCAUCUUCAGAGCCACCAAAUAAUUCACACAGGAGAGAAGCCAUAUUGCUGCUCUGAAUGUGGCAAAAAGUUUUCACGGAAAAGCCAUCUUCAGAUCCACCAAAGAAUUCACACAGGGGAGAAGCCAUAUGACUGUUCUGAAUGUGGUAUAAAGUUUUCACAUAGAAGCAGUCUUCAGAGCCACCAAAGAAUUCACACAGGAGAGAAGGUGUAUGACUGUUCUGAAUGUGGUAAAAAGUUUUCACAGAAAACCCAUCUUCAGAUCCACCAAAGAAUUCACACAGGAGAAAAGCCAUAUGACUGUUCUGAAUGUGGUAAAAAGUUUGCACAGAGAAGCAGUCUUCAAAGCCACCAAAGAAUUCACACUGGAGAGAAGCCGUAUUUCUGCUCUGAAUGUGGCAGAAAGUUUUCACAUAGUAGCAGUCUUCAGAAACAUCAAAGAAUUCACACACGAGAGAAAAAAAUGACAAACUCCCCCACCUUGUCCACAGAUGAACACAGUACAAUAUGCUGAGCAGCAGAAGAAAGA